UAUUUCUUCUGUCGCUUUUCACCGGUUUUGGUAAAAAAGAAGACUGCUAACUGCGUAAGCAUAAAAUAAACGAUACGCGCAUGCAUUACGAUGAAUAGCCCAAGGAUACGUUACUGUACGUGGUGGCAUGUCAAACCAAUUUUUUUGCAGAGCACGCAUCUCGUAACACUGACCGAAAUUAUUGGUGCCACGUUUUUGUUUCCACUCACGCUGGAUCCAGCUGUCAUCGCAGUGGAACAGGCCUAUAUUUUUCUGUGUUGAUUUUUAAAUCCCUUUAAUAUUUAUCCCAUUUUAAUUUACCACCAUCACCGAGAUGGCACCCAUCCCCACCAAACUGCUGAUCCCCCUGAUAUUAGCGCUGAUCUUCAUCGCUGGUUUUUUCAUGGGAAAUUUCAGCUCUUCAGGCCCGACACGUGUGGUGCUGCGGGACGGCAGUGGUCAGACCAACAACGAACUACCCCCGUCCGAUGAAUUCCCUGACACUACGGACGAGUACGGCCGCAUUUUGGUGGAUCUGUCGGCGCCCAUUCCCACGCCCCCCUCACUGACCGUGCUCAGUAAUAAAAUCGAUCACGAGCCCCCCUCGUGCACCUCCUUCGAGCAGGUGGCUAAACCCUCCAAAUUCACCUUCGUCAUCUUCAUUUUCACCUGGGCCAAACAAAUUGAACGCAGGAAAGCCAUGCGCGAGACGUGGGGCAGUCUGGCCACCACGGAUUGUGGGUUCCGUUUGAUCUUCGUUUUGGGGCUGCAGAAUGAGACCCCGGGGACGCAGGCGGAGUGUAAAAAGAUCCAAGCGCAUGUCGACGAUGAAGCGCGACAGUUUAAGGAUAUUCUACAGUUUGGCCAUUUUAUUGACAACAGUCGGACGUCCACGCAGAAGGCCACGAUGACGUUCGAGUGGAGUCUGCGCGAGUGCCCCAAUGCGGAGUACACGCUCAAGGGGGAAGAUCAUGUGUGGGUGAAUCUGCCGGAUUUCACCAAGUGGAUUAAGGAGCAGAAGGGUGAUUCUAUUAUGGGACAUCGCGUUUACGGAGGUAGUGUGGUGUUCCGGGAUCCGCAGAGUUUCUUCUAUGUGUCCAGGGAUGACUGGAUCGACGAUACGUAUCCCGAGUACAUGACAAGUAUGAUGUACGCUAUCCCGCAAAAGAUUCUCAAAACUUUGGUGGACAAAGCCAAAACUAUGAAGCAAAUGCCACUGGAGGAUGUUUUCUUCACCGGCAUCGUGGCCGACGCAGCCAAAGUCCCACGACUGAACCAUGAAUCAUAUGAAUAUGAUUAUAUAAUUGACAAGAAUAAAAAGAUCGGCUGUCCGAAGAAGGACCUACUUGCUGUCCGCUACAUGCCACCAACGGAGCAGUAUAAAUACUGGGAGGAUAAAUGCCACACAAUAACUAAGCCAUGUUUUGCGUAGUCGCGCGUCGGAAAGGAAUGAAUGUGGCAGGGAAUUUUCUGGGUUUUAUCUGUGAUAGCAAUGGUAGUGUAAGGGGAAAUACCAUUGUCCUUUUUGGUCACGAAAGAUUCCAUGCAAAUACGAGUACUUGUAAUCUUUGGUGCAAAGUCUUCUUCCGGUGCCUUUUCUUGCACAACAUAGCGAUGAAAGCGUAUAAUGUCUUUAAUAUCGAAGUCAGGAUUUUUUCGGUACUAUUUUAAACCGUCUGCGGCUUGGGAUUAAUUGGAGUUUAGUGUGCGGACUUGUUACAACUGUGAAAUCUUUUUCUGGAACGAAUCGUUGGUUAUCUUAUAGAAUUGUUACCGAAAAUAAAAAGCAGAUA